AUGCUCGGCAUUAAGCGGCUCCUGGACGUGCUGUUGUCGGGCUGCCUGCCGGUGGUCAUCGUCUUCCCAACCAGCCUGGGGAGUGGGAGGAGCUGGUGGCGCGCUGAGGGGCCUCCCGUGGAGUGGAGCUUGCCCUUUCCUUGGGAGAUUGACUGGGAGAGACUGGUGGUAGAAGUUUCGGAGGCAGACUUCUGGCAGGGCCGCUUGGCAGUCUACAACUCAUGCGACGAGGAGUUCGAUCGCAGUGGCGGCAAGAGCAGCACGUGGCUGCUCCUCGAGCAUGCCCUGGCACGGCUCUACCAAGUUCGUGACGGCAAGCGCGUUCCCGAUUUGCUACUUCUGGUUGUGCCAUCGGAUUCUGCGCGCUUGCGAAGUAUUUUGGAGCAAUUCGUAGAGCGAUUUGCAUCUCGGACUGUACUGAUUUUUCCAACUGAGCUGCUGCGACGAGCGCGAGCUCCGGACUUUGAGGCAGCCACGGGGCUGCAGAUGGGCUCUGAUCCACAGGAUCCGCUGAUGCUACUCAUGGCCAUCUUGAUGGACAUGGGGGGUGUGGACGUCAUUCAUGAACGGCUGCCUUACGAGCCUGGUUCCAAAGAUGACCCUGGGCUCUCCGACGCUGUGCGUGCCUACGAGUCCUUCCAAGGCAUCGACCACUUCUCUUGGGACCACUUGGAAGGCCGCGUCGCCUGUUUGCAGCAUGGCGGCUUCUUCCAUCUCUUCGACUGGAAGCCCCCCGAGACCCUUGCAGAGUUGAUUGUUUGCAUUCAUGGCUUUGGACCGGCUCUGGAUGUGCUCCCACCCGGCUGCAGAUGCAGCGACACGGAUGCGGGCUUCGUCAAAU